GUAUACUCAACGAAAUCCAUCGGCUGUACACUCGUUCGAAAGCUAUGCACCAUCCCUACGUGUCUGCAGAGUUUGCGACGGAUCGGUGGAUCAGGCGAAGAGAUAUUCGAUCGCAAAUCGGUAGGAGAAGCACAAUCCCAUCCAAGCUCCUCAGCUCCCGCAGCCGGCUGUGCCGGGAAGGAAUCCGCGGCACCGCGGCGGGGCGAUUCGAAGACCGUUGGAUGUGGCUGGAUCGAGCGGACCACAUUCAAUGUGGGGGGCGCUGAUGGGGGCAAUCCGAGACGAGGCCGUAUGGACCAAUCAGCGCGAGGCGUUGGGCUCUCCUCGUCUACGUGCCGUCGCCACAAUUUAAGCACGGCUUCCUCCGCCACGACCUCCACACAUCACCAGCGCACAGCUCUCCUCAUCGGCGCACCCGAGCUCGCCCUCUCCUUCCUCAUCGAGGCCCGAGUCCUGCUCUGAUGGCGACCGACGUGGCUGAGACUCCCGCGCCGUUGGUGGAUGCGGCCCCUGAGGCGCCCGCGGACACCCCGGCGGCGCCUGCUGUUGACGCGAAGCCGGCCAAGGCCAAGAAGGCCACAGCGCCGAAGAAGCGCGCCAGCCCGACCCAUCCGCCGUACGCCGAGAUGGUCUCGGAGGCGAUCGCGUCGCUCAAGGAGAGGACGGGGUCCAGCAGCUUUGCUAUUGCCAAGUUCUUGGAGGACAAGCACAAGGACAAGCUCCCGCCCAACUUCCGCAAGCUUCUGAACGUUCAGCUCAAGAAGCUCGUCGCCGGCGGCAAGCUGACCAAGGUGAAGAACUCGUACAAGCUGUCGUCCGCCACCAAGCCAAAGGCCGCCCCGAAGAAGACCAAGACCGGCGUGAAGAAGCCCAAGGCCGCUGCCAAACCGAAGGCCAAGUCCCCCGCGAAGCCCAAGCCCGCCACAAAGCCCAAGGCGGCCGCGAAGCCCGCUUCCAAGCCGAAAGCAGCAGCAAAACCCAAGGCACCAGCCAAGCCCAAGGCCAAGCCUGCUGCCAAGGCGAAGCCCAAGGCUGCCGGCGCUAAGCCGAAGCCAGCUGCCAAGAAGGCCGGCCGCCCCGCCAAGGCGGCCAAGACGUCGGCCAAGGCCACGCCAGGAAAGAAGGCGCCGGUGGCCAAGAAGCCCGCGGCCGCCGCGAAGAAGGCGCCGGUAGCCAAGAAGGCCGCUCCGGCGAAGAAGGCGGCUGCCCCUGCCCGAAAAGCGCCGUCUCGGAAGGCGAAGAAGUAGAGGAGGGGUAGGCGUCGGAGAAAUGUAGGGUUUGGUUCUCGUAUUACGCUAGAUGUUUGCUCUCCCUUUAGCCUAGGUGGUGUCUGUGUGUGCAAUGUUGUAAAUUUGAUAUCGGAUGCUGGGAACACUAAGUCAAUCUUUCAGUAGCUGUUGUGAAUGGUCGGUGGCGAACGAUGACGAUGGAGUUUUUGUUAUUUUU